GUCAGUUUGGUUAUUUGGAUAUUAGAUUUACACAGAAAAAAAAACAUCUAAAAUUCGGUCAUGUACAAUUUAACAUAACUUUAACUUUUGUAAUGCCACGUAGUUCAAGAACAGAAUGAACGAUUUCGGUAAUCUGGAGAAAAUCAUUGUACGUGAACUGUCCUGCCGUUUGUGUCUUUGUACUGAUGUAGUGAAACUCAAACCUCUCAGCAAUGAAGUAAAGAGAAAACUCAAGAGGUUAUUCGAUAUAACAGUUAGAGCAGACGACAACCUACCCAAGGCAAUAUGCCACGAUUGCCUGCAACAAGUUUCAACUCUACAUUUGUAUGCCGUGAAAGUAGAAAAAACCCAAAAAUUCUUAGAGUUUCAUAAACAAAAAUCAAAAGGUGACAAACAAGAUGGCACAACAAAUAAAAUGACACCAUUAAUAGGAGCACUCUCAGUCGAAGAUUUAAAACAAUCUAAUAAAAAUUCCGAGACAGCUAAAUCAAGUCCCUCGCCAGAACGACAGCAUGGAGAUACAAAAAUAUCUAAACAAAAACCUGUUCAGCCUGUUCUCAAAAAAUCUCCUUUGGACAUGAAGCUAAUGGAAGCCAUGUCGCUUGAUGAAUUUGCGAUUACUGAAAAAGUUGAUAAAAAUCUCUUAGGCACAAGUCCAAAAAACAGACUUUCUCCCGCCAUAAGAACUAAAAUAGUCAAACAAAAUAGUCCGAAAGCUGAACAUCUUGAAAUCGGCAAUAGCACACUAGACCCUGUGGUUCUAAUAGAUGGAAAACCUGCCAAACAAGGUUCCGCUUUGGAUAAACAAAUAACGCUCUUUUACAAAAUGGAGUGCUGUGUGUGUCAUGAGAGUGGUUUCAAUUUUAGAUCUCUGAUGAAACAUUAUAAAGAUAGACAUGGUGUUCCCGGUUAUGUUACAUGUUGUGAAAAGAAAUUCCACUACUUUUAUCCCAAGAAAAUUAUCGAGCACAUGGCUUAUCAUCUACAGCCAAACAUUUUUAUGUGUCCAAGUUGCCACCAUAAUUUUCAAACGUCACAAGAACUAUCAGAACAUCAAAGCAACGGUGGUCGGUCUGAAGGAAAAAUAAUAUGCCCAAGAUGUACGGAGCGGUACCCUACCUACCGCGAAUUAGGAUGUCAUAUAAUCACACACAGGACUGAGAGAUUGCAGUGCGAUUAUUGUGGCAAAUUUUUAAAACAUCACCACCGCAAAAAGACUAUAAAUCACAUGGAAGACGUAAUAUUGUGUUCGCAGUGCACACGAUCACUGAAAAACAUUGAUAAACAGGAAAAAGAAAAUAAAGAUAAAACGAAAGCAAAAAUCAGUGAAGCAACGUUGCAAAAGUAUCAAAAGUUCAGACAAGCAAUGGGACUCUCUGGUGACGAAGACGGAUCUACCGACUAGAACUUUUGGCCUGUUAA